AUGCCCUUCUUCACCCGUGUCUUUCGAAACAAGGACUCUGGUUCCAUCAAGAAGGCCACCAAAUCCCCCGUGGUCGAGGAGCCAGAGCCCGAAAAACCCACGUGGACUGAUGCAUGGCAGCGUGCGGAGAUCGCUCCCGAGGAGGUCCAGGAUCUCCUACGAGGUUGUACUCAGGAAUUGAAAUUACGAGCUCUUGAUACUCCAUUCCUUCUCCUUCCCUUCCGUCCAAGCUCCGACCCCAGCGCCGCUCGUUCCUUUAUUCGUAAUUACUUCAAUCAGUCCGUGGAGAAGGGAUCGCCUCUCAGUGGAGAUGCCUUGGCGCAGGAGCUGCGGUUGUCGGACCCCAUGGUUCUUUGCAGCGUGAUGAAAUGGUGCUGGAGUCGACUCCCUGGAGGAGUUGUCACCUGGGAAGCUUAUGAGCUGUUCAAAGUCGGUGAACAAGACUCGCAGCUCGCCCGUGAUGCCUUUUCGACAUUUAUUCCCAUUAGCGUCGACUCCGACGCUCGAACCAAGAUCAUUUUCGACUUCUUUGAUCUUCUAACGGCCAUUGCAGCUCACGGCAAAUCUAAUGGUCUUGGAGGACGAAAGCUCUCCAGAUAUGCCGGCUGGUGGGCGUUUGAACAUGUGGAUACGGGCAAUGGUUUUGAGGGUUCCUACAAGAGCUGGGCCAGUGCCGCCGAUGCAACAAGCCAUCUAUUCUUCGCCUAUCUGCGUUCAAUCUCCCCGGACUCCUCCCGUGGUAUGAGCGGUAUCUCUACUUUGCCAAUCGCUCUGCAGUCCCUGGUCCAGGCCACAGAAUACCCCCCAGAGACGCCCACACUUCUUCAGGUUUCCACCACCAAAGUGGUCAUGGUUGUGGACACCGUUUCUCCCACUCCCUUCGCUCUGCUGCGGCGUGCAAAAAAUUUUGAAUAUCGCGACAGUGAUCGACACUUGCAGGAAUUUGCCAGCUUCGAGGAUCCCACCCGGGCUUUGACUGACGAAUGCCAACGCGUGUUGAAAUGCAUCUCCUCCACGAAUCAGUCCAGCGUUGCGAGCCAGCAGGAUUCGACCAACACACAGGAUGCAUCGUGGUCGAGAUUCGAGGAUAUUGGAUUCGGGAAUUCAAUCGAAGGAGAGGUGGAUGAAGACGUAACAAAGGCAAGAAAUGAGUUUGGCCUGAAAUCCGCGCCCCGGUCUGGUGGUGGCGACUUGGGUCGUCCGACAACACCAUCGUGGGCGGAUUUCAUGUCAUCUGGUUUCUCAGAUGAAAACGUCUUGAAGGCUCCCGUUACUCCUAUGCUGCUUCCCCCAGACAAGAUCCUGCCCCCACUUUCGACAGGCCGUGGCCAGAGCUCACAGUCCCACAAACGCACUCUGGAUGCAGACCCAUCUUUGGAGCCGGGUGAACUGGCCAAUAUUGCCACUUUGGACUUGGACGAUUCAUUUUGGUGGGUUUGGAUCAGUAGUCUGGCUGGAGAAGAGUCCGCGUCGCGCAAGGCAGUCUUUGGCCGGUGUGCUCUGGUUGAAACGGUUAUCAAGGAUACCAAAUGGCUCGUUCUCGAAGAACAGGUCAAGGGCGCUGCUUCGGAACCAGAGCCUGGUGCGUACAUCGUGGAGAAGAAACGAUUCUUUGGAUUAUCCACUCGCAAGGGCAAGCUUAGCCGUCGUCAAUCCACCGCCAAGAAGGCGACUCCCAUGGAGGAGUCGUACAAGCGACCGAACAACCAGGCACCGCAGAGUAAGACUAGCAUCGGUCCUGAUCAGCACGCAAGGAUUCAGGCUGCUGCUGCUGCUCUCCAAAAGAAGAACCGUGAGCAGGAACAGGAGGCCAAUGGGGGAAGUUCCAGGCGUCGAGAUCAGUUGUCUACGAUCAAGACCAACUCCGUCAUGACUCUCCAGCCAGGUAUCGUGAACGAGGCAUCUCAGGCUAUGAAAUGGGCUAGCAAUUAUGACAAGAACGCUUACCGAAGUGCCUACCUUAACGACACUCGCGCGGGUACGGGUACACUUUCGCGUACGCUUUCGGAGGCGCUCCAGUCGCCUUCGACCGACAAACUCGAUGUGCCAGGCACGCCGACGAGCACGUCGACCAGACAAGCACCGGCUCCCUUGUGCAAAGAUGCCAGUCCACACUCUCCCCCACCCCCAGCGCCUGCUACCCCCACAAAGAGUGUUGUAGAGCCAAGCAACGAUGUUGCUUCCAGUCGCAAGGGUAGCACCAGCAUUGCUGCGGAACAGAUUGCCACAGAAUCGCAGCCCAAACAGUCUACGGACUCUGUGGAAGAUCCAGGCCGGAAGUUGAAGAAGAAACCUGGUAAUGCGGGAUUCAAGAGCAUGUUCGGUAGCAUGAGGAGGAGCGACACCUCGUCAAAGCCUCCUAUGAAAGCUACCGGUGCGGAGCCGUCUGCUGUGGCUGCUGCACGUGCUGCCCUGGAAGGCAAAGCCAAGGCUUCCCAGGAACAAUCCAGCCGUCCACCAACCAACGGCUCUUCUGUCCUCAAGAAGAAGCCUCUCCCAGAGAACGCUGCGGUAAACAUUCCUCUGCCUGAUGACGAAAAACCGGCAACCCCGAAGGUGACGGAGACGUCAGUCCCUGAGCCUGAAGUCGAUGCCUCGAAAACUCCUACUUCCCCUGUUGGUUCUCCGAGAACCCGACGUGAUGCAGAAUACGAUGCGCUUUCCCGAGUCGAUACCAACGAACGUGCUGCCGCCGACAAGGAAUUUUCCCGAUUCGACCAGGGUCCCUUGGUUGAACAACCCGCUUUUGUUCCAGAUGACUCGCCGGUCUCGCCAGUCACCGAAGAUCCCCAUGAGAAUGCUCCUCUAGAGGUUCCGGAAAAGGCUCCUUCAAGGUUCUCGGAGCGAUUCACUGAGAGAAACUCGGAGAGGUUCUCUAUCCCAAUUAUGUAUCAGGCUGAGCCUACAGUAGAGCCUCCACUCGACGACAGCCCUAGAUCGCCGGUGUCUCGCCCCUCUCAGGACCGUUGGGCUCAGAUUCGCAAGAAUGCCGCUGAUAGGGCUGCUCAGGCCCAGCAGGCAGAGCCCCGGUUGAGCGAGGACCCGACCGAUGACGGCGAUACGAGCGGAGAGGAGGCCAUUGAAUCCCGCGUCGCCCGUAUCAAGGCUAGAGUGGCCGAGUUGACUGGAAACAUGGAAGCUGCACGGUAA